UCGGUGAGCACAUGGGUGUGGCCGUGUGGCCUCAUCUGCCUCUCGUGAGGAAGAACGCCUCGUGGAAGAUGAGGGUGACGAGGAUGAAGCUCUGGAGCACAAUGGCUAGCAAGAUGUACCUGGCCUUUUUGUUCUGUCUCCUCUCAGUGCUGUUCAACGUGUCAGAGGCUCUUACUGCUGAGCCUUCCACUUUCAUGCCAGAUGGAAAAGGACAGGAAGCCACCAAAUUUCCUGAGCCGACUGUGAUCACCUUAAACCAGAGUUUCAUCAGCACCACAAAGCCACAAACGACCACCUUAGCAGCUUCCAAGGAGGGGACAACCCAGCAGCAAACAACCGACAAAGUGACAUCCACACCAGUGACAUCUUCUCCAAGCACAACCAAAAUGGGGAGCCGUCAGUCUCCUGCCUGGGAUCCAGCUUGGGAUAAAGAUUUCACCUACGAUUAUGCAACUUUGCGAAAGGCUGGCCUGUCCGUUGCAGCGGUUCUCUUCCUGAUGGGCACCUUCAUCCUCGGCUGUGAUAAAGUCUGUCGGCUGCCCAAGUGCUGCAAGAGGUCCUCAAAGUCAUACUGACAGGAGCAAAGAAGAGAUACUGUCAUAAAAAUGCUGGAAAGGAUGUGUUGAAAAAUUACAAAUAGAACUGAAUGUCUAUUCAGAACCAGACUGAAAAGGGUAAUACUGGCCAUAAAGUGACAUUAUUCACUUUUUGUCAUGUUAUUUUAUUUUAGGAUGGAAAAUUAGAACCUGGUCAUUUUAUUGUGUUUAGUAAAACACAUCGAAGUGGUUCUACGCUAAUGAAAAAAGUACCCGAACGAACACGAGUCACGGACAUGUUACUUUCACCAUGGCAAUAAACAUGAGGCAAAAAAGGAAAACAUUUUUAAAAACAUUUAAUGGCAUAAUCAAUUCCAUACAGCAGUACAUUUUCCAACUGAUUUGAGCUCUUAGCUUCCAAAUCUGCUAUGAAAUGUUUGUUUUUGUUGUUGGUUUGGUCUACUACUUACUAAAAAAUGUUGGCACAAAUUAACUGAUACCAAAGUACAAAUACUUAAACAUUUAAACAAGUAUUUUACAAUGUUUUUGCUAAACUGACAAACACUAAGUAAGCAGUAGAAGGUAUCACAAUGUCAUAGACACAAGCAUAUACAGUAUAAAAUAAAGGUCAUAAUGUAAAUAUAUUGCUUUGUGAAUUUGUACAGACAUUUAAAGCUACAAUAUGUUGAGAAAGUGUUAAGACAGUUUAAUAAUAAAACUAGCUUGGCUAAGAUAUAUUAGAUAUAUGCACAAGCUGAUUUUUACCUGCCAGAAAUAUUACAUACAAAGUUACUAUGCACGUGUGCAGGUCCAUCCAUCCAUUUUCUACCGCUUAUUCCCUUUUGGGGUGGCGGGGGGUGCUGGAGCCUAUCUCAGCUACAAUCGGGCGGAAGGCGGGGUACACCCUGGACAAGUCGCCACCUCAUCGCAGGGCCAACACAGAUAGACA